AUGUUCUUCCUCAUACUUGUCCUGCUUCACUUUUCCUCUGUUUUUGCUUCUUCAUCCUCCAUUGCUGCACUUAUAAGAGGUAAAGAAGCGGAAACUCUGCUAAAAUGGAAAGCUAGCCUUGACAACAACACCCAAACUUUGCUCUCUUCUUUGUGGGUUGGAGACUUCCAUUGCAGUUGGGUUGGAAUUACCUGCUACAAGACUGAAAGCAUCACCAAUCUAAGCCUUCCAGAUUCUGGGUUGAAAGGUCUUGAGUUGAUUUCCUUGGCAAGUAAUGAGAUCAGUGGUUCCAUUCCAUUAGAGAUAGGGAGGCUGAGUUCAGUUUCCGAGAUUUAUUUCUUUGAUAACUAUCUACGUGGUUCUAUCCCUGCUUCCGUAGGAAACUUGACCUACUUAUCUGUUCUCCACCUCUAUCAAAAUAUGUUUUGUGGAUCGAUACCUCAAGAAAUAGGGAUGCUUAAAUCUCUCACUGACUUUGAGUUGAUUCAUAAUAAUUUCUCUGGUUCAAUUCCUGCUUCCAUAAGAAACUUGACCAGUUUAUCCACUCUCCACCUUCACCAUAAUAUGUUUUCUGGGUCGAUACCUCAAGAGAUAGGGAUGCUUAAAUCUCUCACUGACUUUGAGUUUAGUCAUAAUAAUUUCUCUGGUUCAGUCCCUGCUUCCAUAAGAAACUUGACCAGUUUAUCCAGUCUCCACCUUCAUCAUAAUAUGUUUUCUGGGUCGUUACCUCAAGAGAUAAGGAUGCUUAAAUCUCUCACUGACUUUGAGUUGAGCCAAAAUAAUUUCUCUGGAAGCAUGUCGAAGCUUAUGAUGAUAUAUCUUCACCAUAAUCAUUUAUCAGGGCCAAUUCCUUCAGCGCUUGGCAAUCUCACUCAUUUGCAAUCAUUACAAUUAGGAGAUAACCAUCUUAGUGGUCCAUUACCCAAAAAUUUAUGCAGGGGUGGACAACUCGCAAAUCUUUCGGCUUUCAACAACAAUUUGACGGGUCUUAUCCCACCAACUUUGAAAACUUGCAAAAGCUUAUUCAGUGUUAGGCUUGAAGGAAACUAG